AUGGCGUUCGUGUGCGAGUGUCCUCUGAGACUGGAGAAGGGCUUUAUCUUGGACGGGGUGGCGGUGAGCACAGUGGCCCGCGCCCAUGCGCGCACCAGGCCUAAGGUGUGGUCCGCGAUCCCGCCCUACAACGCGCAGCAGGACUACCACGCCCACCGCUAUUUCCGGAGCCGCGUGGUUCCUCCAGUUUUGCGGAGAACUGAACAGGAUCACUGUGGCACAGGAAGAGAUGGCUGGAUAGUAGAUUAUUUCCAUAUCUUCGGACAAGGACAAAGAUACCUCAACAGGAGAAAUUGGGCAGGGGCAGGGCAUUCCCUCCAGCAGGUUAUCGGGCAUGACCACUACAAUGCUGAUCUGAGACCAAUCAACGGGUUCAAUGGUCGGUUUGGCUACCGCAGGAACACCCCAGCCCUUCGCCAGCACUCAUCUGUCUUUGGAGAAGUCACACAAUUUCCUCUCUUCUAA